AUGUCAUGUAACAAAAAAAAAUUAUGGAAUAGAGUACUUGGAGUGGAACCGACUACUACUAUUUUGUUAUUAUUAGGUGUUGAGGUACUUGGAGUGGAACCGACUACUACUACUUCAUUAUUAUUAGGUGUUGAGGUACUGGAAGUGGAACCAUUGGGAAUUACUGGAAAAUUUUCCAUAACGAGAUAUAAUAAAAAAUAA